GUUGUGUCAUCUGUGUUUUGCAGCUUGUAAUCAGCUUUCCUCUAUUCCUGUUCCUCAUUUGUUUCCAUAUUAUUUGCUCAACAUACAGAAUGAAAUUGAGGUGGAGUGUCUAGUAUUAUUUCUAGCAUUGAUUCCAUACAAGUGCCCCAUAAACAACAGUGCAGUUAGAGGAAACCAUGGCGGGUUAUAAGCCUGUAGUUCUUCAGACAUAUCCUGUCCUUGGAGAGAAAAUCACCCAGGAUACUCUGUACUGGAACAACUAUAAGACCCCGGUUCAGAUUAAGGAGUUUGGUGCUGUGUCAAAAGUAGACUUUUCCCCCCAGCCGCCCUAUAAUUAUGCCGUCACCGCUUCCUCAAGGAUUCAUAUCUACGGCCGAUACUCCCAGGAACCAAUAAAAACCUUCUCCCGAUUUAAGGACACGGCGUACGGUGCCACUUUCCGACAGGACGGCCAGCUGCUUGUGGCCGGCAGCGAAGAUGGCGCCGUGCAGCUCUUUGAUAUAAGUGGGAGGGCUCCGCUCAGACAGUUUGAAGGCCACACAAAAGCCGUCCACAUGGUAGAUUUCACAGCUGACAAGUACCACGUGGUCUCUGGGGCUGAUGAUUACACGGUGAAGCUGUGGGACAUUCCGAACUCCGAAGAAGUUUUGACCUUCAAAGAGCAUUCUGAUUAUGUGAGGUGUGGAUGUGCUAGCAAGCUGAACCCGGAUCUCUUCGUAACAGGGUCGUAUGAUCACACGGUGAAGAUGUUCGACACUCGGACCAGUAAGAGUGUCCUCUCUGUGGAGCACGGGCAGCCCGUGGAGAGCGUCCUGCUUUUCCCCUCCGGAGGGCUGCUGGUAUCCGCAGGCGGCCGUUAUGUUAAGGUCUGGGACAUGUUAAAAGGAGGACAGUUGUUAGUGUCUCUGAAAAAUCACCACAAAACGGUGACGUGCUUGUGCUUGAGCAGCUCUGGACAGAGGUUACUUUCCGGCUCACUGGACAGGAAGGUGAAAGUGUAUAGCACCGCAUCCUACAAAGUAGUCCACAGUUUUGACUAUGCAGCUUCCAUUUUGAGUCUGGCACUUGCACAUGACGACGAGAUGAUCGUUGUAGGCAUGACCAAUGGAAUACUGAGCGUUAAGCAUCGGAAAGCCGAAGCAAAGAAGGACGCUCCUUCCAGGAGACGAAGGCCAGCAUAUCGAACCUUUAUUAAAGGAAAAAAUUACAUGAAGCAACGGGAUGACAUUUCAGUCAAUAGACCAUCCAAAAAACACCUGGAAUUGUAUGACAGGGAUCUGAAAAAUUUCCGCAUCUCAAAGGCGCUCGACAGAGUCCUAGAGCCAGAAAUUACAAUAAAGACACCAGAGAUUACAGUUUCCAUCAUAAAGGAGUUAGGCCGAAGAGGAGUCCUGGCAAACGCCCUUGCAGGCCGGGAUGAGAAGGAACUCAGCCGCGUGCUGAAUUUUUUGAUAAGGAAUCUAUCUCAGCCAAGAUUUGCUCCUGUCUUGAUAAACGUUGCUGAACUAAUCAUUGAUAUAUAUCUGCCUGUGAUUGGCCAGUCACCUAUAGUGGAUAAGAAAUUUUUGUUACUUCAGGGACUUGUAGAAAAAGAGAUUGAUUACCAAAGAGAACUGCUGGAAACCUUGGGGAUGAUGGAAAUGCUGUUUGCUACGACGACAAUGACUGGAAGCACUUUUACAUUGGAACAAAGAUCUGAUGGAUUUCUAGAAAACAAGAAGGCAGAAUCGUAAUGCUCACUAGAUACCCUAAGAAUGGACUUGGAAUGGAUUUAAUUCCACGAACUGUUGGAAAGAGAAUCUCUUUGAUAUAUUAAAACAACAACAACAAAAAUUAUUAUUUCAAGAAGCAAUUUAAUGGAAGACACUGAAAUGACUACAAUUGGAAAAUUAGCACCUGUUUUCAGACUUGAAGUUUCCUGUAUCAUUUUGAAUUUUUUAAUAACAGCUUCAGCUAGAAGAGCGCCAUUGUUUUUGUUAUGUUCAUCUUGGAUGAGUUGAUACUGAUGUUAAUAUAGUAAAAAAUAUAUCAAAGUUU